AUGGACAUUCAGACAAUGCAGUCACUUUCUGGCCAUUUCAUUUCUUUAAAUUUAUUAGUUAUUCUUUUAAAGGAUCUGCCACUACUGAUGGCAGCAUGUUCACUUAAUCCGAAGUUAACUGAGAGAAUCCUACAUCACCAUGUUGGAUCCGGAUGCUAUCUCAAACCUAUAACAUCUGUGAGCCUAUCACGUGAUGUACGAAGUUUUGGGGAUGUCCACCAUUUUUACUUAGUCGAUGCAAACGUCUCCCGAGCAGAUUCUCACGGUGCUCGCAAAGCUUUGGAAAGCAGUUUGGAUAACUUUUAUUUCACAGAGGAGCAGAAGUGUUGUCGACUUGGUUAUUGCAUGCCGGGACUCUAUGAUCAGGCUGAACCACUACUUCCUACCAUGAAAAACGGUGUACACUCCUCUGAGAUUUUGCUUCUGGAAGAGCCGCAAAAAAAAUACAAAAUAGUAACAGACUCAACGAGUGCAGGAAGAAAGUGGCGUAAUCAACAAAUCAAAGAGCGGUGGAGGUCAAGGAUACCUUUAAGAACAUCAUCAGGUGAUUCACUUAUUGUGGUGAUGCCAUUAUUUUUAAUAGUUGUAUGUUUAAUUUGUGCUGUUGGAUUUUUUAAUAUUUGUCGUGAUGAUUUGAUGGAUGAGUUACACUCGAGUGGAAUAGAUGUUAUACGAUCAGAGGAGGGUGGAGUGAAACAAGCACCUCGUGAGUACGAAUUCUAG